GUGACUAAAUGAGCAGCAGAGAGAGAGCAAGCAUGACAGUCCAUGACGGCACAGGCGCGCUAUGGCUACGGCCCAGGCGGGUUUAGCGCGCGCAAGCCGGGCGGACAAAGCCGUAGCCGGAGCAGGCAAAACCUCGGAGCUGCCUUAGGCCCCUACUAGUCCGCGUACCGGUGGUAAGUUCUACGGUGUUCGAUGGGGGGUGUCACGUGAGCCCGCGGACUGGGAGGCGCUAGGAAGGAGCGAGCGGAAAUUUUGACUUCAUCGUUUCUUCUCUCCCUUUCCUCAUUCCUCCAUUUAUUAUACCUUUCCCCAAUCCCUACACCCUUCUUUCCUCCUGUAUUCCACCAUCUGGCGGUGCCUCUUCUCGCAUCCCAAGCAGCAAAAGUCUUGUUUCCUCUUUUCUGCCUCGUUUAAUACCCCUUGUAAUUAUACCACAAUGCUCUCUUCCCGUCUCUCCCGCGCGCUGCCGCGCACUGCUUCUAUUGCCCGUGCACCUGCAUUCAGAGCUCCUGGCGCCUCUUUCCGGAGAUGGAACUCAACGGAAGGCGGCGAGGAGAAGGUCAAGGGCCAGGUCAUCGGUAUUGACUUGGGUACAACCAACUCUGCCGUUGCUGUGAUGGAAGGAAAGACUCCUAAGAUCAUUGAAAACGCGGAAGGUGCUCGCACAACUCCCUCCGUUGUCGCUUUUGCCCAGGAUGGUGAGCGAUUGGUUGGUAUUGCCGCUAAGCGUCAAGCUGUUGUGAACCCUGAGAACACUCUGUUCGCCACAAAGCGUCUCAUCGGUCGUAAAUUCACCGACGCCGAGGUCCAGCGCGACAUCAAGGAGGUCCCCUACAAGAUCGUCCAGCACACAAACGGCGAUGCGUGGGUGGAGGCUCGUGGCGAGAAGUAUUCGCCUUCACAGAUCGGCGCUUUGGUUCUCCAAAAAAUGAAGGAGACCGCCGAGGCCUACCUUGGCAAGCCCAUCAAGAAUGGUGUUGUUACUGUCCCUGCCUACUUCAAUGACUCUCAGCGUCAGGCUACCAAGGAUGCUGGUCAAAUUGCUGGUCUGAACGUCUUGCGUGUCGUGAAUGAGCCUACCGCUGCUGCUCUUGCCUAUGGUCUCGAGAAGGAAGCCGACCGUGUCAUUGCUGUCUAUGACUUGGGUGGUGGUACCUUCGAUAUUUCCGUUCUGGAGAUCCAGAAGGGAGUGUUCGAGGUCAAGUCUACCAACGGUGAUACUCACUUGGGCGGUGAAGACUUUGACAUCUCCCUCGUCCGGCACAUUGUUCAACAGUUCAAGAAGGAGUCUGGCCUCGAUCUUACUGGUGAUCGCAUGGCCAUUCAACGUAUCCGUGAGGCUGCUGAGAAGGCCAAGAUUGAGUUGUCCUCUUCUCUCCAGACUGAGAUCAACCUUCCUUUCAUCACUGCCGAUGCCUCGGGUGCCAAGCACAUCAACUUGAAGAUGACUCGCUCUCAGCUUGAGGGGUUGGUUGAUCCCCUCAUCAACCGUACCUAUGAGCCGGUCAAGAAGGCCCUCAAGGAUGCCAACUUGCAGGCCAAGGACGUCAACGACGUCAUUCUCGUCGGUGGUAUGACUCGUAUGCCCAAGGUUACCGAGUCUGUUAAGAGCAUUUUCGGCCGUGAACCUGCCAAAUCUGUUAACCCCGACGAGGCUGUGGCUAUGGGUGCCGCUAUCCAGGGUGCUGUCCUUGCUGGUGAGGUCACCGAUGUCCUCUUGCUCGAUGUCACUCCUCUUUCCCUUGGUAUUGAGACCCUUGGUGGUGUCUUCACCCGUUUGAUCAACCGCAACACCACCAUCCCUACCAAGAAGUCCCAGACUUUCUCUACUGCGGCCGACUUCCAGACUGCCGUUGAGAUCAAGGUGUACCAGGGUGAACGUGAGCUCGUCCGUGACAACAAGAUGCUUGGAAACUUCCAGCUCGUUGGCAUCCCUCCUGCUCACCGUGGUGUUCCUCAAAUUGAGGUCACUUUCGACAUUGACGCCGACUCUAUUGUCCACGUUCACGCUAAAGACAAGUCGACCAACAAGGACCAGUCCAUCACCAUUGCCUCUGGCUCCGGUUUGAGCGACUCUGAGAUCCAGAACAUGGUUGAUGAUGCCGAGAAGUACGGUGCCCAGGACAAGGAACGCAAGGCUGCUAUCGAGUCUGCCAACCGCGCUGACUCUGUCUUGAACGAUACUGAGAAGGCCCUUAAGGAGUUCGAGGACCGUCUCGACAAGACUGAGGCUGAUCAGAUCCGUGAGAAGAUCGGCAGCCUCCGUGAGUUCGUUGCGAAGGCUCAGUCUGGUGAGAGCACUACCACCGCCGAAGAGCUUAAGCAGAAGACCGAUGAGCUCCAGACUGCCAGCUUGACAUUGUUCGACAAGAUGCACAAGGCCCGCCAAGAGGAGUCCUCUCAGGGCCAGCAAGGCCAGACUGGCGAGCAGGGUGAGGGUGAGAAGAAACAGUAAUUUACUGAAUAGUCUUGCAUCAUCACUCUUGUACUUUGUAUUUUGUUCCAUUUCCUUUGUUACAUUUCCUCUUCUCCUUCAUGUGUGAUUAUCUAGAUCAUUCCCCUAUCACCUAUCAUCUCUCGCAUGACUGUACAGAUACUUAUGGGUUGUUUCUCGCAUUGGGCCUAUUACUCCUGGUGUGACGGUGUUUGCUGCUCCAAUUAUUACUUUAACAAAAUAUUCUUCGCAUGUCAUUUUUAUAUUCUUGGCUGGGCUUUGCUUGGAUUGAGCAGAGAAAAGAAAAGGUGGUGGGAGGUUCGUCAUUUACAGAAUGUACCUCAUGACCAACGGCCGCAUCCACGCACACUGGCAGUGGUCGGAGAUGAUUAUAGAAUCGAAAUCUCCUCUCUAAUACAUUAUUAUCAAUCAUAAUACGAAACAGUUCGGGU